UGGAAGAAGACCUGCAUGAAGAUAAAAGCUCAACUUGCAGCACUUUACUGAUACUACUGUCCGUAGCUCUGGUAAUUUUAACACUACCAUUUAGUCUAUUUGUAUGUUUUAAGGUUGUUCAGGAAUAUGAACGUGCGGUUAUAUUUCGUUUGGGACGUUUAAUGGCUGGUGGUGCCAAAGGACCGGGCAUUUUCUUUAUAUUACCCUGUAUUGAUUCAUACGAUAGAGUGGAUUUACGGACGCGAACUUAUGAUGUACCUCCACAAGAGGUAAGUCCUUACUAAGACAGUGUUACUGUUUCCGUGGAUGCUGUAGUCUAUUAUCGCGUCUCAAAUGCCACCGUUUCCAUAGCCAACGUUGAAAAUGCUCAUCAUUCUACGCGUCUACUGGCACAAACAACACUCCGCAAUACAAUGGGUACAAGACAUUUACAUGAGAUUCUUAGUGAACGUAUGACAAUUUCCGGCACUAUGCAGCUACAAUUGGAUGAAGCCACCGAUGCAUGUAUUAAAGUAGAGCGUGUUGAAAUCAAAGAUGUACGACUUCCGGUGCAGUUACAAAGAGCCAUGGCAGCAGAGGAAGCAGCACGCGAGGCGAGAGCCAAAGUUAUAGCAGCCGAAGGGGAACAAAAGGCAUCGCGUGCUCUAAGAGAAGCUUCAGAGGUUAUAGGUGGUUCACCAGCAGCUUUACAAUUAAGAUACUUACAAACUUUAAGUCAAAUAUCAGCUGAGAAAAACUCCACUAUAGUUUUUCCCUUGCCCAUAGUAAUUACCUACUUCCUAAAAUCAAAUGAUGCUGCCACCCAACAAUAGCAGAAGCUGCUGUUGCUAUGCUAUGAUAAAAUGCUACAACAGGACAACGAAACGUCUACUACUUUAGAGAAAUCUUCCUAAAAUUUACUUUCAAAGUCAUACAACAACAAAUAGUAAUUUAUAUUUAAUCUAUAGCUAAAGACAGUUUAGUUUAAUUCCUAAUAAGGAAACAGUUGAUCCUAGUAAAUGCUUUUGAAUAUUUAAACCUCAGCCUAUAGAUACAUUUUAUAAUCCAUUGUAUUCGAAUUAGUAAGCCUAGUUUUAUUAUAUAAUCUAGUUUAGACUAUUAAACUAGUUUAAAGUUCUUUCCAUUUUUUAAGCAUUUAAAAAAAAGAUAUCUUUAAACCUAAUAAAACUACUACUUAGUAAACUGUUGACUCAUUUAACCAAUAAUAUCUAUAACUAAACAUCUAUCUAACUAUUUUAACUUUAUCUAUCGAUUAUGUUUAAUUUAUAAAGAAACUAAAUUGAAGAAAUAAAAAGCAA